GACCCUAUCUGUCUUCUUCUCCCUGCCGAAUCCCAGGGCUGUGGCUUGUCACGUAGCACUUGCUUGGGCUGGAUCCAGUUAAGGACGACAGGUGUAUGGGGCUGUGACUGCAUGCCCUUAUGUCCUGUUCCAGGCAUGGCCCACUGCCCCAUUUCUCCACAAGCCCUACAGACCCUCUCCUCCUGUUCCAAACCUUAAUUCUUUCUUUCUUUUUGGUUUAAAAAAAGAAAGAGGUCUCACUAUGUUGUCCAGACUGGUCUCAAACUCCUGAGCUUAAGUGAUCUUCCCACCCUUGGCCUCCCAAAGUGCUAGGAUUACAGGCAUGAGCCACCAUGCCUGGCCCCAAACCUUAGUUGUUUUAGAAACAAAGAUGUCAGUGGUAAGAAGCAGCUGGAAUUGUAUCCUGUUCAGUGGCUCAGAAUGAGACUAAGACUUCCAAGGCCAUCUCAACAUUGAAUAGGGGAUGGGUGUGCUCAGUUGCUCCCACAGAUGUGAAUGAGGCUACUUAAUGCCACACUCUUUCUUUGGUUGAAUGGUGAUCCCUCUCAGACCUUUCUCCUCCCCUAAAAGAAUUAAGCUGAUUGGUCCGAUCCCAUGUGGGCUGAGUGCUUGUUGGGUGUCUGGCACCAUGUGGGUAUGGGGUGGGCUGCCAACCCGAAGACCUAGGGUCUUCCGAUCUAGUGGGGUGGGAAGACAGCAUGCAUCAUCCCAUGGACUGUGCAUCCUAGUAUUGAAGCAGGGAGGCCUGUGUGCUCUAGGCUGGGGCCGUCAGACCUUGUUUAUGGCUGCCCCUGUUCACUGGUCUACAUCAGUUUUGGAGUCAGGGCAUUCUCUGUGUCAGAGAUGUGCGUGCCUGGAGGGCAGGUUGGGGUGGGAGCAGCCUUGUAGCUUCAAGAUGGGGUGCGGGAAGGAUCAAGGAUUUCGCCUUCUCUGGAGCUUCCAGGGCUAGCAGGGGUGCUUUCUGUUCAGUCCAGUGAAGAAGCCGGUCCUCAGGUCAGCAGCGGGUGGGGUUCUGAGUCUGCCUAGUGUUGGGUAGGGGGUGGUGAGGGGAGGCAGCUGCUUUGGGAGGCCAGCCACAGGCUGCUGACAGGCGGCUCACAGACCAGCGAACAGAGUGAGAACAGACAGGAGGCAUCCCUUGGGAGCAGCCGGGCCCACCUUGCUGGUUGAGUGGGGUCCUCCCAUGACAGUGACCAGGCGGAGCUGGUGCCUGCUGCCCUUCCUCUUCUCCCCGGCCUUGGCCCCUCCUCUUAAAGAGGCCCUCGGGUUGGGCUGGCGGCCCAACAGGACUGGGGCUCAGAGGGAGCGGCGGCUUUAAGGGUGGCUGGGGUCGGUCUCCUGCCCCCGCCCCUGGUAGUCUGAGUGGCUGGAGCCCGAGCCCCGCCCACUCGCCCCAAGGCUUCCCGGCUCCGGGAGCGCCUCUGGGGAGUCGGAGCCCGGAAGCUGGAGCCACCUGCGGCCCUGACCCUCUAAUCUGCACCCUGUGAGCCACCAAGACUGAACGAAGCCCAGGAAGCGGCGCCACCAACCGGCCUCGCAGAGGCAGAGGCCCUGGAGCAGUGACAGCACAGGAGAUCCGCUGGCUCAGGGGAAGGGGAGGAAAGAGGAAAACAAAGGGAGUGAUCGAGUGAGCCUCGCCCCGCCCUCCCUGUGCCGGCCCAUGAUGUGUCAGUCAGAGGCGCGGCGAGGACCAGAGCUCCGCGCGGCGAAAUGGUUGCACUUCCCCCAGCUGGCCCUGAGGCGGAGGCUGGGGCAGCUGAGCUGCAUGUCCAGACCCGCCCUGAAACUGCGCUCCUGGCCCUUGACCGUCCUCUACUACCUCCUGCCCUUCGGCGCCCUCAGACCGCUCAGCCGGGUGGGAUGGAGGCCUGUAAGCAGGGUGGCUUUGUACAAGUCAGUGCCGACACGCUUGCUGUCACGGGCCUGGGGUCGCCUCAACCAGGUGGAGCUGCCACACUGGCUGCGCAGGCCCGUCUAUAGCCUGUACAUCUGGACCUUCGGGGUGAACAUGAAAGAGGCCGCUGUGGAGGACCUGCAUCACUACCGCAACCUCAGCGAGUUCUUCCGGCGCAAGCUGAAGCCGCAGGCCCGGCCCGUCUGUGGCCUGCACAGUGUGAUCAGCCCAUCGGAUGGAAGGAUCCUCAACUUUGGGCAAGUGAAGAACUGCGAGGUGGAGCAGGUAAAGGGGGUCACCUACUCCCUGGAGUCGUUCCUGGGCCCGCGCACCUACACAGAGGACCUGCCCUUCCCGCCAGCCGCCUCGUGUGACUCCUUCAAGAAUCAGCUGGUCACCCGGGAAGGGAAUGAGCUCUAUCACUGUGUCAUCUACCUGGCCCCCGGGGACUACCACUGCUUCCACUCCCCCACGGACUGGACUGUGUCCCACCGGCGCCACUUCCCAGGCUCCCUGAUGUCAGUGAACCCUGGCAUGGCUCGCUGGAUCAAAGAGCUCUUCUGCCAUAAUGAGCGGGUAGUCCUGACGGGGGACUGGAAACAUGGCUUCUUUUCACUGACGGCUGUGGGGGCCACCAACGUGGGCUCCAUUCGCAUCUACUUUGACCGGGACCUGCACACCAACAGCCCGAGGCACAGCAAGGGCUCCUACAACGACUUCAGCUUCGUGACGCACACCAAUAGAGAGGGCGUCCCCAUGCGCAAGGGUGAGCACCUGGGCGAGUUCAACCUGGGCUCCACCAUCGUGCUCAUCUUUGAGGCCCCCAAGGACUUCAAUUUCCAGCUGAAAACAGGACAGAAAAUCCGCUUUGGGGAGGCCCUGGGCUCACUCUAGAGCCUCUUUCCUGAUUAUGGCUGCUAAGGGAUCUUUUCCAAAGUGAGGGUCUUUUAGAGAGGGAGGCCAUGAGGCCAUCCAGGUGAGGGCCUGCCUCAGGGUGGGUGAGAGUCUGACCAGGUAGGACUUGAAUGACUUGGCUCCCACCUGUUCCGGAGGUGCAGACAAGAGGUGGUGAGAGCCCCCGUCAUGCCCUCAACCUAUGCUGUUCCUUCUCCCUACAAAUAAAAAGUGCAGGCUGGAAUGAUCUGUCACAUUUGGAUCUUUUUAAACACCGUAUAGAUGGGAGAUCCUGCAUUCCCGACUGAACCUUCAGUUGGUCUCGAUUGUCAUUUUUUCUUGCUGCUCCUCCCCAUCACCUGGGCUGUUUUCCGUUGGCCCCUUUUGUUUUUUGGCCUUAACCCUCCUGCUGCACAGGGUGAGGUGCCUCCUUGGCACAGACUGUAGAUGCCUCUUCCCUCAGCAGAGCCACACAGCCUUCAUGACAACUGCUUUCUGUUCCCAAAUUCACCUCAUCCUGCUCUUUAGAAAAAGCAGUCUUUGCUUGUGGCUGAAUGCAUCACCCUGGACUCUGCCAGUGUCUUCUGAGGACACUGAUUAAUGAUACAGACCUCUGUAGGACCCGAUGAGUGACCUUCUGGAGCUGGCCAGGUCCAUCGUUGCAGCAGGCAAGACUAAUCACUGAACCUGCCUCAUAGCACCAGAAUGAACAGGGCAGGCAGGUGGUAGGCCCAGCUGGGGACAGGGGAGUGUUCCUGUCCUCCCCAUAUCCCUACAUGAAAUGUGGGAAAGUUGAUGCUAUUGAUUGAGGGUCUGUCUUGGAGGCAGAGGGCCCUUCGUGGAUAGUCGGUCAGUGCCUGGAAAACCUGUCCCAGUUAUCAGGAAUGCGGGCCUGGGGAGCCCCCAGUGGCGGGGACAGGGCCAGCGUUCAUGUUGACCCUGGGGACGCUGUGAAUUUCUCCUGCAGGAGAGCCAUCAUUGAACUUUUUCAACUGUAUCAGUAGCACAGUAUUUUUGUAUGAAAAGUGGAGACUUCUGAACAGUAAUUCAUUUAAUGGCAAAACAUUUUGAAAUAAAAAAAUAAAAC